UAACACAUGUAAAUAAAAGGUCCCUGUAACAUUGGAUGUUGUUUUUAAAUACUAAGAUAUAUAGUUUUGGCCCAUGCUUUUCCUAACACAACCAUAACACACUCACAGCCCAGCAGUGGACUGCUCUUAACAAACAACUGUCAAGUAUGUCUUUCUGUCUGUCUUGUACAGUACAAGCUGUGACUUUAUGUGUGUGUGUGUGUGUGUGUGUGUGUGUGUGUGUGUGUGUGUGUGUGUGUGUGUGUGUGUGUGUGUGUGUGUGUGUGUGUGUGUGUGUGUGUGUGUGUGUGUGUGUGUGUGUGUGUGUGUGUGUGUGUGUGUGUGUGUACGUGUUUAUCUAUACCGGUGGGGACUUUGACCUGACUCCAUGCUAUCUCGGUGGGGACUCGCGUCACGGUGGGGACCUAAAAUGAGGUCCCCACGGAGGGAAACAGUGUUUUCUUGGCCAUGUUGUUAUUACUGAAAAAAGUAAAAGUGCAAAAAAGUUUCUUUAGGGUUAGGCAUUGUUUUGGUGUUGGUUAAGGUUAGGGUUAGUUUAAGGGUUAGGGGUUAGGUAGUUAGGCUGUCACAUAUUUUAGAAAAGAUUAUAUGAGGACAUCCAUCCAUCCAUCCAUUCUCUAUACACCGCUUCAUCCUCACUAGGGUCGUGGGGGGUGCUGCAGCCUAUCUGCCUAUCUCAGCUGACUCGGGCGAAGGCAGGGGACACCCUGGACAGGUCGCCAGUCUGUCGCAGGGCUACAUAUACAGACAAACAAGAACACUCACAUUCACACCUACUGACAAUUUAGAGUUAUCAAUUAACCUCAGCAUGUUUUUGGACUGUGGGAGGAAGCUGGAGUGCCCAGAGAAAACCCACACAUGCACAGGGAGAACAUGCAAACUCCAUGCAGAAAGAUCCCAGGCCCAGGCCGGGUAUAUGAGGACAGUGUCUGAUUAUUAAAUAAGUGUCUUGGUAGAGAUGCUGAAGAGAGGGCAACAUACCAAGAGAAAACAGACCUUGCCAAUUAAUUUUUAAGGCAAUUAAAACUUUCUCUGAAGUCUUAUUCUGACAUCAAUCCUUUGAUAUUGGCCUUUCAGUUCAUCUGUGGACAUCUGAAGAAACCCUGCAUGCAGUUAUGCUUGUUAAAUGCACUUUGCUUUCCGUUAGCAUCUUCACUCUUACUGACAACAUAACCAUUUAACCUUGAAUUUUCUACCUUUUGAUUUCAACACUGUGAUGUUUGAGGUUUUGAUAAUUAGAAGAAGAUUCUUUUAUAAGAACUAUGAAUGUAUGUAUGUGACAUCAUAUAUGAUAUACAAGGUUUCCUCAACUUUAACAGCAAAAGUUCGCAAUUUUAAAACAUUUUUCUACAGGAUAAAGUAGAAUAUUUUUACUAUUUGUGAUAUACUGUUCACAAUAUUAUCACAGCUUGUAAAAAAGACACAUUUUGCACAAUUACUCCCUUCUAACUUGAUAACCUCAGCUGUUUACUACCUGCUCAUCUCUUAGGAAUUUCAAAUGAAGUGUAUUGUCUCUGUCGGACAACGCAUCCUCAGUGUUGCUGAUGGGAAACAGGCAUGAGGAAUGAUAAUGCAGUGUCAUCAGAUGACUCUGAAACAAGCCUUAUUCACCAGCCAGGCUGUCUACAUAUAUGCUGAAGUCACAAACUUAAUUUGUUCAUGGAAGAAGAGGGGAGGAAGUUGGUUGAGAUUCUGCAUGCUGGUAGUUAUAGCUACGUACUAAGUUGUAAUUCACAGUCAACCAGUGCUCUUCAGAGCGAGUCACUCUUGGUGUUGCUAAUACAUUCCAACUCUGUGAUCAUAGCCUUAAGCCGGAGCAGCAGGAGCAACAUCCUGGCAGACUUUACGCCAUGGUUGUUCCAGAGUCACAGGAUAGCAAACUGACCCAGAGUGGCUCUGUGGGCUGGAGAUCCAUCCCGUCUUUAUCUCAGCUCUGUGGGAGGCCACAACAUGUGAACUCGAAUGGAAAUAUCCCAUCAGUCAACGCAGGACUCUAUCAUGAGCCACGGGAGUACAGCGAGACGGACUCUCUGAUCCCCAAUGAGUUCUACAGCGGAUCCACCAGAGAAAAGGAUGACGGUCACUCAGGUGCACCUUCAGAAUCUCUCUGCUCCAUGGUGCUGCAGAUCUUGGUGCCAUUUCUGCUGGCUGGACUUGGGACUGUUUCUGCUGGAAUUCUGCUUGAUCUGGUUCAGAACUGGGACGUGUUCCAGGAAAUCACAGAGAUCUUCAUUCUGGUUCCAGCUGUUUUAGGCAUGAAGGGGAACCUGGAGAUGACUCUGGCCUCACGGCUCUCGACUGCUGCGAAUGCAGGAAAAAUGGAAUCUACAAGAGAAAAGUGGAUGCUGAUUGUUGGAAAUCUUGCACUCAAGCAGCUACAAGCCACAGUGCUGGGCCUGUUAGCUUCCCUGAUGGCGACUGUGUUGGGCUGGAUGACAGAAGGAAAGAUGCCUUUUAACCACAUAGUGCUGCUGUGUUCAACCAGUGUUUCUACUGCUUUUGUAGCUUCAUUGUUACAAGGUGUCGUUAUGGUUGGGGUGAUCAUCGGCUCCAAGCGGAUGGGAAUCAACCCUGAUAACGUGGCCACACCGAUGGCAGCCAGCUUUGGAGAUCUCAUCACUCUUGCCUUGAUGGCCUGUUUCAGUCAGUGGUUCUACUCCUUCCGAGAGCUGUAUCCCUACGUGUUGUAUCUGUUGGAUCUAUUGUAUUUAUGCCUGAUCCCCGUCUGGGUGUCCGUCUCCUCCAAACGCCCAGCCACUAACAUCUUGCUCCGCUCCGGCUGGGAGCCAAUCAUCACGGCCAUGGUUAUUAGCAGUAUUGGAGGCCUAAUUCUGGACAAAACGGUUUCCGAUCCAAACUUGGCAGGAAUUAUAGCGUAUGCUCCAGUCAUAAAUGGUGUUGGAGGAAAUCUGGUCUCCAUACAAUCUAGUCGUAUUUCAACUAAUUUGCAUCUGAAUUACUCUCCUGGAGAAGUUCCUGCGGAUCGUAGGAACUGCCACAACCCUUUUCACACUUUCUUUGGUUCAGGAACAAACCACCGAUCUGCCAAGGUUCUGCUUCUUUUGGUUAUCCCUGGUCAGCUGAUUUUUGUACACGCUAUCCACGUGAUGAAAGGAGGCCACACUCUGCCCAGUCCCCCCUUCGUUGUUGUCUUCUUGUCUGCUUCCCUGAUUCAGGUCUUCUCCCUGCUCUGUAUAGCUGACUGUAUGGUCCACUGUUUGUGGAGAAAGGGUAAAGACCCGGACAGCUACUCCAUACCCUACCUCACGGCCCUCGGAGACCUUCUGGGCAGUGCUCUGCUCUCUCUCGCCUUCCUCAUGCUGUGGUGCAUCGGUGACUCAGGCAGUGUAUAGGUUUAAAACAUGAGAAGGCCUGAGGAGGAACAAAUAUUGCUGAAUAAAUGCAAGAAAAAAGAACCUGGGUGUCAACAGCAAUCAAUCACUUUUUCUUCACACGACUUUGCCGUCAUUGUCCAACCUACAGCUCAUCUUAUGCAAACAGUUUUUGACCACUAAUAGCUUGAAUCCACAGGUUUCCACUCAUUAAAAGUUUAAUUGCAUACAGUCGUGAAAAAUUUUGGACAUCCUAUGAAGGUGUUAGGAAAUUGCUUCUUUGGUGGAGUCCUAACUGCUCCCAAUAACACUCAGAGCUCAAGUCAAAUUCUUUACUUGCAGCAAGUGAAUCAAUAUACACAGGAAAGAGUCUCUGAGCAAAUGAUGAAAGACCAUAAAUUGUACACAAGCUUUAUAGGCUCGUUCGAAUCAUGAAAAAAUACUGGGGUGCCAAAAUGGUGACAGGAAGCUUGAAGUGUAGUUGAACUCAGUAGGAGUUACUUCCUCUUCAAACCAGUUUCUGCUGGAGGGGUAGACAAUGCCAGACAGAACUGUGAAGUUUCUCACAAGUCAAAUAUAACAGAGCAAUACAUGAAAUCAUAAUAAGAAUACUGUAGUAUCUGACCAGCUACUUGUGGGAAAAGAUGCGUUUCCUUUUUGCCUAUGUAAGCAGGUGGUCUCUGACCUGAGAUGUGUUUUUGUCUGGGAGACCGUAAAGUGACGCGGGGCCUGUCAUUGAAGGGAAGUCAUAUGUUAGGUUUCCAUGCAUGGACCUAUAUCAGUGAGUGACAUCUGUUAUCCUAGAAGAGAAACCCUAUGCUAUAUUGAUUUAGGGGUUCCUGUUUUUAACAGAGUUGUCAUGUCAUAGUUUCUCUCGCUGAUGUCCGUGAUGUGCAGGUGAAGGAGAAAUGUCCGUGACACUGACUUUCUUCAAAAAUAUUUUAUUAAAAGAAAUAACAGC